AUCUCUAAUUUGUGCACCUCGUACACAACACUCGUUAGUCUCUAUUCUGUGGGCUGUAGUUAGAGUAGAGAAUCCCGUAUUCCAAUGCAGCCUCGCCAGAGUAGGAGAAACUAUGUUGAAGGUUCUGAUUUGGCGGAGAGUGAAUCUAAUUCUAAGCACUUUCUGAAGAUCAUACUUCCAUCACCCAUUCAUGCCAACCAAAUGAUGCAGAGGAUUCCUGAAGAAUUUAUUAAAAGAUUUGGAGAUGAACUAUCUAAUGUUGCUACGGUUACUGUUCCCGAUGGCCGUGUUUGGAAAAUGAGAUUGAAGAAAUGUGGUAAAGAUGUUUCGUUCCGCAGCAAAUGGCGAGAGUUUGUAGAAUACUAUUCUCUCGGUUAUGGUUCCUACCUAGUUUUCAGAUAUGAAGGGAAUUCAAAAUUUCGUGUUCUGAUAUUUGAUACUACUUCUGCUGAGAUUUGUUAUCCAGACUUGGACAAUAGGAAGAGGUCCAAGGUUGAUGAUCAAACAAGAAAGAAAGAGCAUAAGGAAGCUAUUGAUGAAGAUGACGUGAAUUUGAAAGCAUGGAAGAAAGAAAGUGAUUGUUCGGAGAUAGCAAAGGAUGCUUCUACCAAGCCAAAACACCCUUCUGUUACUUGUACCAUCCAGCCUUAUCGGUUGUAUGUGAGAAGUCACUUUUCUAAAAAGCAUCUGAAGCCAAAUGUUUGUAUGAUGCUCCAAAAUUGUAAUGGGGAGCAGUGGGAUGUUUCUUGCGUAUGCCAUAAUACGCGCUAUGGAGGAAUGAUGCUAACAAGAGGAUGGCGUAAAUUUGUAAGGGACAACGAUCUAUCCGAAGGAGAUCCUUGCGUAUUGGAGUUGAUCGAGACCAACCCAGCUGUUGUGCUUAAACUUACUGUGCUUGGUGCACCUGAAUAUCACAGUUCACGUCCGCACUGAACUCAACAAACACUUGAUGCAUGUUUGCUUUUGAAUUCACCUGUAGCCUCUGCGUAUUUCGGAUGUAUUGAGAGGGCACUGAUCUGUGUAAGUGAAUUCGUUCUAAUUACGUGCUAGUAUUAACUACUUGUGUUUUUUUUAUCGCCUAUUUUACUAGUUAAUAGCAGCUGUAAAUCGACCUUGUGAUGGAUUAUAUAUAUCAAGCUUGGUGCUGGUUAAAAAAAA